AUGUGCUCACAAGAUAUCUUUCUCGGUCUCCUAGCCGUACUCUUCCCACCGCUGGCCGUCUGGGUCAAGCGCGGCCUGUGCUCCGCCGACUCCAUCAUUAACAUCCUCCUUCUUAUCCUCGGCUACAUCCCCGGCCUUCUCCACGCCUGGUACAUCAUCGCCAAGUACCCCGAACCCCCCUACGACUACGACUACCAGGGCGUCCCGCAAGACGCCGAGCACGGGCGCAUCUACGUGUUCGUCAACGGCACGCACGGCGACGGCCGCGGCCGCGGGCAGCAGGCACAGGGCUACCAGCCGCAGCAGGCCGCUCACGCGCAGCCGCCCAAGCCGCAGGGCCACAUGAACUACGGCACCAGCAACUCUUCUGCGCCCCAGCAACAGCACCACCACCAGCCCCAGGAACAGGGCACGACCGCCGAGGCCGGGCCGAGCGAUGGCAGCGCUCCACCGCCGAGCUACGCACAGGUUGUGGCGGGGGAUCAUAAGAUUCAGAACCAUGACUAG